AUGUACUAUAGGCCACGCCUGAGGCAUCAUGCGAAGGCUCUCCUGCGUUUGUUAGGGAAAGGCGAGAACAUGAAGGAAUUGACUACUUGUCUCAAAGCGUUCUUGGAUGGAGGCAUAUCCCCUUCAGCGCUCGUGAAGAUGAUCGACGACCUCGGCUAUCGCACUGACUUUUACGCCCAACAAAAGAACAUCUUCUCACCCAUUCAAGUGCACCGACAAGGUCGAGAGAUGGAAUACAUCUGUCGCCCCAGACAUUCUUUUGCCACAUUUUGGGAAGCAGCCCGCGAAAUUGCCGGGCUAAAGCGCGUGAAGAUAGUGCUCCUCCCUGGUUUCGAAUCCAGGAAGGUUGCGGCGGAGUUCUCGCAGUUGAAACACCAUAGUGUGAAGCAUCCAGAAAGACUUGAUGCAGAGUUGAGGAAGCCUAAAUGGGUCCACGCUGAGAUGCGGAUGAUUCUGCAUUUAUUCAGCACAGAUGCCGUUGCUCGAAUCUUUCCUUAUCUUGGGAUAAGUAAAAAGACUUGCCUCUUGUGCGGCCACGUCUUGAGCCAAUUUGCAGUACAGGCGCGGAAUAAUCAUGGCAAGAUAUAUGGUCAAUGGACGCUACCUCGCGCCAUUGCUAUACCUGCUGCAAUUCAUGGUAAGUUGGACACCGCAAUACAAAAGCUACGCGAUGUCUUGCACCAUGAAUGCAACGCCGAGGAUAAUGAACGCCUGGCUCCCAUCAAGGAGAGCACGAUCUCGACUCCGGUUGCGGAGCGACAGGUUAUAUGGUCACCUUUCAAUCGCAGUAACCCAGAACCCCGUCUACAUUCUAGAGAGAUGGAGUGGCUAUCACAAGGACAUAUAAGAAAUAUCGCUGGCAGGAAGAAUCCGACAGAAUAUAAAGGCUCAGAAGCGCUACCUUCAGACGUGACAGAUGACGAAAGGUAUUCUGAUACGGGGGUUUUCGAACCAGGGCCAGAAGAAGAUAACCGUCCCUCAUGCCGCAAAUGUGGGGUGCGGAAUGACAGCUUGAUCUCCUGCCAGAAAUGUAACUCGGCAUUGUAUUGUGAUAAGGCCUGUCUGGAGAAAGAUUGGAUUCGACACAAGCCCCUCUGCCGCCUAGGUCGACCGUUAGACGUGGUCGACGACUUCAUCCAAGCAUGUCAUGAGAAGACUGUACCAACGGAUAACGAUGUAGCAAUGGCUUUCGGAUUCUGUUUUUUCAUUUCUGGGGCUGAUCGACAGCGACUCUUCAGAUUGUAUUGCGACCUAAUCAAUCAGUGGGGCGUGAGCGAGGAAGAACUAAGGCAGGCAUGGAAGUCCGACAAACUCAGGGAAUUGAUCCAGUUCCGGGGAUCACAAGUGCCCUGUUCCAUAAUCAGGCAUGAAGUACGAUGGCUUGUGCAACAUGAUCGUUUUGGCUCUGGAGUUGUGACGAACUUCGGUACAGUAUUGGAGACAUCAAGACAUAUACUCAAUCCGCUGGAUCGCACGGUCCCGUGGCAGACACUGAAGCCCCGCGAGAAACACGAAGCCUAUGUUUUCUGGUGCCAGAUCAGAAACGGACUCAUGCCAGAUGUGGACGAAGACAACUGGAUCUUUCUUGGCUUCUGUACAGCCUCCGAUGCUUCUGAGACUCAGGGGCUCGCACAGCUCUACAGGCUGCUCGUCCAGAGAGCAAAUUUCGAAGAUUUCUGGCAGGCAAGGGCGAGCUCUAAAAUGGUCGAGCUGUUCCAGAAGCACGGUCUGGGUGAUGAAAUACGGACAGUACGAAACUUCAAAUUGUUGAUGAGCGCCAUCUCCACCUGGCAUCAGAACGCCAGUGGAGCGGUUGAGCCUUCUUGA